ACAGCCCGCUUCACCGGGACCGUGUAUCGGAGGCAGGACGAACUUGAACUCCUGGUCCACCUGCCUUCAUCUCCAAGUACUGAGAUGGCCUGUGUGUAUCACCUGAAGAGCCCCCCACCCGCGUGUAUGCAUUUAUUUUUUUUUACUUUGUAAACCUGAAAGUGCUGUACUGUUUAUUACCAAACAUUUCCUGAGAGUCAGGCCGUAUCGCCCUCCGUGGAAUAGGGACUCAUGAGGAUUGAACCUCAGAUGAACACCCCCAAAGAGCAGGACUCCUCUCCGCUAUCAGACUCAGGUCUCUGAGGGAUGAUCUGUGUCAUCUGCCAGUUAGAAGAGGUGCUCUUUAGUUUUCUGUCACCUUGACACAAGCUGGAGUCAUCACAGAAGAGGAGCCUCAUCUGAGAAAAUGCCUCCGUAAGAUCCCACAGAGGAGGCCUGGGCUGAGAUCCACACCAACCACUACAGUGAAAGCAGCAUGCCUGCCUGGCUGCAGGGAUAGAGUGCUCUGUCUUCAAGUCCACACCACAGGGAGACCUUAUUGUCUCAGUUAAGACAGCGAGGCUCACAGAACCCUGGAGACCAGCGGGCAGUCACACUGUGACUGGGAAGCAUGGAGCCAAGACCAGAUGCAAGGGCAGAGGACGCCAGAGUCUCUCUCCUCAAGAGUGUGGUGACAGCAAGCCCACUAGGCAAGGCUAGCCAAGGUUGCUUGGCCGUUCCCCCUCCCGCCCAUCGAGGAUAUAAAUAGCACCCACAAUACAGAGAGCCAGAUAGCUGGGAAGAAACAGGAACAAGACACCAACCAUGAACUCCAGCCAGUCUGGGGACUGCCCCUGCGAGGGCUCUGCAGGCCGCCCAGCUAUUCUGUACGCACUUCUGAACCCCAGCCUCAGGGCCAGGCCCAUUGCAUCCGCCUCCCGAAGUCACUGCCUCUGCCAGCAGCACCGGCCCGUGCGUCUGUGUGCGCCACAUCGCACCUGCCGCGAGGCCUUGGACGUCUUAGCCAAGACGGUAGCAUUCCUCAGGAACCUGCCAUCCUUCUGCCGCCUGCCCCACGAGGACCAGCGGCGGCUGCUGGGGGUCUGCUGGAGCCCUCUCUUCCUGCUCGGGUUGGCCCAAGAUACUGUGACCUUCGAGGUGGCCGAGGCUCCGGUGCCCAGUAUACUUAAAAAAAUCUUACUGGAGAAGCCCAGCAGUGGUACCCGGGAUGCCCAGCCACCAGACCGGCCACAACCCUCGCUGGCUGCUGUACGGUGGCUCCAGCGCUGUCUGGAGUCUUUCUGGAGCCUGGAGCUGGGUCCCAAGGAGUAUGCCUACUUGAAAGGAACCAUCCUCUUCAACCCAGAUGUGCCGGGCCUCCAUGCCACCUGCCACAUCGCACAUCUGCAGCAGGAGGCUCACUGGGCCUUGUGUGAGGUCCUGGAGCCCUGGUACCCGGCUAGCCACGGCCGCCUGGCCCGAAUCCUCCUCAUGGCCUCCACCCUCAAGAACAUCCCAUGUAGCCUCCUGGUAGACCUCUUCUUCCGCCCUAUCAUCGGAGAUGUUGACAUCGCUGAACUGCUCGAAGACAUGCUUUUGCUGAGGUGACCUGCAGAAUGAGGUCCAGUGCUUCCAAAGGGGAGCCUGAAAGGCCCCACUCAGCGCCCCAGGAGCAGCCCUCACCUCAGCCACACCCCGAGCUUGGACUUCCUUGGUUUGAACACAGUGUGCUACUAACUGCCUAAUAGGCCCUUGGUGGCCCCCAAAGCCUUUGGGCCAGGGCCAGGGAGGGAGCAUGAAUGAGGCUGUAUAUCAGACCAGAAUUCCUCCUGACUUUGUAUAAAACUAAAUUAAGUUAUUGGUUUUUGUAAUAAAAGGUAUGACUUGCUGA